AUGCUGCGCAAUAUUGAGACAACAGAAGAAGAGAACUUUCGUCGUGUAAGAAGCGAGACUGAUCGAUUGCUUCUUUCGGGCCCAGACCGCGAUCAGUUGGAUACAGUGUUGGUGUUGGACGCGGAUCGAACGCUGUGCGCAGCGGACACGGGCUCGAUGUUCUGGGAGAGGCUCAAGGCAACUUCGCAGAGGCGAUAUCCUGACUGUGUGUGGGAUGGUCCGGAGAACUUUGGAUCGCAUUGGCUCUGGGACGACCUCAUAUGUCCCCUGAAGAGACUAUUCAGCGAAAACAACGACUACUCCCUUGCUACCUUUCACCGGGCCAUGUCUUUGUAUGAGUACGUCGAAAGCGCCUUUGACGAAGUAUGCGAGGAAGUCGCCGCUGCUGUCUCGCUAUACCCGGAGUUCAUGGCCCUGAUUCAUGCCGUCAAGUGCCAUCGCGGCAGAGAGGGCCUCGAUGAUGACGUUAAGAUCAUCGGUGGGGGUCGCUUUGCUGAUGAUUACGUUGUUACUCCUGAGGUAAAGGCCGUUGUUGUCUCUCAUCUGCAAAGUAAAGGGGUGUUUGUCUGGGCUUUCGGAGACAGUCCGGUGGACUUGCCCAUGCUCAAGAGGGCCGACCAAGCCAUCGUCGUCGUCGGCGAGGAGCGUUUUAGAAGCAAGACUAUGGACGCUGAGUUGACCAAGGCUAUUACUGGCGACAAGAACUUCCGUCCAAGACAGGCUUUGGUCCCGAGUCAUUCUUCACCACGCCUCGAUCCAGAGCAUUUACCGAUUGUCGACAUCUCUGGCCAAGCUUUCGUGGAAUCUCUCCUACAUCGCUACGCCAACCUACUAGUUCUACAUGCCACGAACAAGAGUGCAGCCAAACUUCUCAUGACUGCGACACGCGACGCGUCUGUGGCCGGUCCUGGUCUCAGAGCGGCCCAUGGACAAGUUGGGCGGUACCUCGCCACCGAGUUUCUGACGGAGCUGCUCGGCCUAGAGACAUAUCCUAUACCUCAUGUUCAGGGCUACAAUACUGAUGGUCAUCGACUCGUCGACGAGAGCCGAACUGCCAUCGUUGCUCUCAUGCGCGGUGGUGAACCCAUGGCUCUUGGUGUCAGCGAGGUGUUCCCCAAUGCCAUCUUCAUCCACGCCAACCUGAACACGCUGCUUUUGGUUGACUCGGUGGUGAAUAGCGGCAAGUCAAUCAAGGGGUUUGUUGACCGUGUUCGGAGGUUGAAGCUGGAGAUUCGCAUCGUCAUUGUGGCCGGUGUUGUUCAGGCCAAGGCCAUCUCGGAUGUCCUGGAGCCCCUUGCCUGUAAAGGAGACCUCAGUCUCGUCACACUUCGGUUGUCGGACAACAAGUUCCCUGGGAUCGGAGGCACGGACACUGGCAACCGGCCAUUCAACACUACACAUUUAAAUUGA